CUUCCUGAGUCUGCUCUUCGAUUGGCGGAGUUCCUGGCUCUGCCCCUUCGCUCUCUGGCUCCUUUGAUUGGAUUGGUGCCAAGCGGUGAGUGACAGCUGACGAGACCAAUGGGCAGCCUACAUAGCUGGGAGGACUCUGCGAAUGGGGACUACGACUCCCAGAACCCGCCGGGGCAGGGUGUAGCAGGCAUCCGUGCAUUGUCGUAGGGAUGGCUUGGAGGGGGCGACCCAGGAGGCUUCAUGUGCUGGGCGGAGUUUGCGGUAGUGCUGAGCCCACUGCACCUUGUGGCUGUAAGGGCUGAGCAGGUAGCUCUUCUAAUCCGAAUCCUUGGGAUCGCUUUAUGAUUGCCCAGAGCCCUGUGCAUGAAGCAGAGGGGAGGCGGGCAGGCUGGAGGGGCGUGUGCCACCGAAGCCAGGAGAAGUUACCGAGUUUGCAACCCCUAUCGGGGAGACCCUGCCUAGAAGGAGUGCACAGUGCGGCUUGGGAUCCCCCUGGCUUGGCCAGCCAGGACUGAGGGGGCUAGAGGAGUUGGACUGAAGGAGCUGGACUCAGACUUGCAGGGGGGAGUUGUGGGCUGCUGCUGUUUGAGCACUCUGGGACUAAAGGAGUGAUUGGGGACACCUUUGUGGGGGAAAUUUAAGGGCAGUGCAAGGGCACAGCUUCCUCUGCAGCGCCGAGCUGCCUUCUGCCUCCCUGGCAUUGAUCGCCCCUCUCAUCAGGACGCUGACACUGUGAUACAGCCCUGAGGCUUCCCUUCCCUUCUGCUAGUGGCAUCUGAGACAGCGCAUCCAGCUUUGGCCGUGCCGUGUGAACCAGGGCCCCGCUUCCCGGCCUGCCCCCGAUCCUUUCUCAGGGACACCCCGCACUGGUGAAGAUGGAAGAGAAGGAGCGGUGUGGCAAACUCCAGCUGCUCUGACCCUAAGGAGAUUCAAAGCUUUCGAUACUUUUUUUGAGGGGGGGUGGGGGUGGGGAGGGAAACACCCCCAGAGGGCAUUUUAUGGGGAGCAGGGGAAGAAAGGGGGAAAACAUUCCAGAUCUUCACGUGAUUUUUGCACCCGGCCGUCGGAGACGAUUGCUGAAUAAACUGAAGCCGAGAGUUGCAGGGGGUGUUACCAGCUGGAAACUGGAUUAGAGUGCAAAAGAGGAGAACAGUGGGCUGCUGUUUUGGUUGCAGGGGUAGAAACUUCAAACCUCUUUAUUCCUUACCAUCUUCCUCCUCAACUGCCCUAUGAGAAAAUGAGUUGCGUGCCAUGGAAAGGUGACAAAACCAAAUCAGAAUCACCAGAGCCGCCCCCGCUGGCCCCACUGCGUAUAUACCAUGAGAAGCAGCGCAGAGAGCUGUGUGCCCUCCAUGCCCUCAAUAAUGUCUUCCAGGACAGCAAUGCCUUCACCCGGGAAACACUGCAGGAGAUUUUCCAGAGAUUGUCUCCCAACACUAUGGUGACACCACACAAGAAGAGCAUGCUGGGGAAUGGAAACUAUGAUGUGAACGUCAUCAUGGCAGCGCUUCAGACCAAAGGCUAUGAAGCAGUUUGGUGGGACAAGCGCAGGGACGUUAAUGUCAUUGCUCUCUCUAAUGUGAUGGGCUUUAUCAUGAAUCUGCCCUCCAGCCUCUGCUGGGGUCCCUUGAAACUCCCCCUAAAACGACAGCAUUGGAUCUGCGUCCGGGAGGUGGGAGGCACCUACUACAACCUCGACUCCAAACUCAAGGUGCCUGAGUGGAUUGGAGGUGAAAGUGAGCUCAGGAAAUUUUUGAAACACCAGCUGAGAGGAAAGAACUGUGAACUUCUCCUGGUGGUACCAGAGGAGGUGGAAGCACAUCAGAGCUGGAGAGCUGACAUGUGACUUUGAUCUGCCCUCUCCCAUUACAGCUCCAGUCCCUUCCCUCACUGCCCUGAGGUCCUGUAAUCUGGAUAAUAGGUGCCCCAGUUCUCCUCUGGAACUUCCUUUUGUUGGGCUUUUUCUCUUUCUCUUUUGGUGCAAUAGGGCAGUGACAUAAGGGGUGGGGGCAGAGUGGAGCGGGUUGGAAGCUAGUCACUUCUUAAUGGAGAAGUGAGGAAAGCAAGUUCUGUGCUUUCCAGCUAAUUGGUAUGCAUAAUGCUUCAUAAAACAGGCUUUGGGGCUAAGGUGUUGUGGACCCCCCACUGUUCUAUUUUACCCCCCAGCCCACCUUAAAGACUGCAUAUGCUUGGACACUACUCCCUUCAGAACUUACCAAAGCUGCUCUGGCUGGAAGGUGGCUUCAGGGGGAGAAGAGGCCAAGCACUCUGCCUCCACUCUGCAACAAUAUCUCUCUCCAUAAGUUUUGUAGACAUUUGGAAUUACAUAUAAGGGUCUCUCAGGAAACUCUCCAACACUAGCAGUGAUACAGUGCUCUGGAGAAUCCCCUGCUGCUUAGCAGUACUUGUGCCAACUCAGCUACAGAAAGUGGUGGGGGCUAUCUUUAUGGAAACUUGUUGGUUAGGUAGGGGAUUUUUCUCUAAUGUCACUUAGGAUGUUUCACAUGGCCUGGUGAUUGUUUGGUGGUGUGAAGCUGGCUGGGUCAGGGAGGGAAGCACUAGCAAGACUAGGCUGGUUUGGAAAAUUCAAGUGUCUAGAGAGAAGAGUCAAGAGUUUUCUGAGGAGUGUGCGGGGUUUCCUUUGCUGCAGCAUGUAAUGCUAUUUCAGCUGUUCCUGCACGUUCACUUGGUAGUGCAGAAGCUUCUUACAAGGGUGAGGAAGAGGGGAAUAAAACUGAGGGUGUUUAAAAGGGAGUCAUUCCCUUUUAUUUCCCUCUGACUGGCUUGCUAAGGCAAAAAAAGGUGUGAAGUAAACCUGCCUAUGAAUAAACUAAGUAGAUCUAAAGACAUUGAAAAGGGGCUUUGCAAGUUAAGAUCUCUGCUUUUUGUAGUCACAAGCAGCCACUGGGGGAGAUGUGUACAGGGUCCAUGUGAAUGUCCUUUGAUGAUAAUUGAACCAAAUUCUUCCUUCAGUGUUGACUGACAUUCCCCUCUUGAUGAACCACCUUGCCCAUCACUCCCUCAUGAAGGGAGGAGGAACUAAGACAGGGAGACUCCAAUGGGAAUCUUCUCAUUUUUUUUUCCUGUCACCUCAGCUAGGUGCUGGGUAUAGUUCAAUCAUCAUUCCUUCUACAGCAGAAUAAGGAAACAGUGAGUUGAGGAUGGAUUUCAAGCUAAUUAGCUCUUUGUGGCUGGGAUGCUGUUUAUCACAUUUCCUGAUCCAUAUGCUAUCCACUCAGGCAGCAAAUAUACAAUAGCGCUGGAACCAAGGUGUCUGCCACUCCAGGUUGUGAGAAGGCUGGAGUCUUUGAAAAAAGGGCUGAGCACCACAACCAUCUCCUCUUACUUUAAGUGUUUGUUUUCCCUGUACAUGCCCUUGAACAGGGUGCUGUAAAUGUGAACAAGAUACAUCCUGGAUAAGCCAGUGUGAAGCUGAACUCAAACCACCAAAGCCAGCCCUUUGUAAAUUAAAGCAGUAGCCAUGAGACAACAGGACAAGAGUGAUGUUUUAACAACCUUUGGACAUCCCACAGGCACCAUGCUGCAGUCUUCUGAAGACACAUGGGCAGUGGCUUCUUUUUACAUUCAGCAUUUCUAUACAAGUCCAACUCCUUGACACAUUCCAAUGACCAAAACCAGCUGGCAGAAUUUUGAAACACUUCAUAAGCAGAGCACCAGGCCUGCAGGAAUUCUGCUUAUGACUUGAAGCCAUUUUCCAAGAAGGAAGAGGGAAAAAUUCUCCACAGCAAAGGAAUUUCCUAUGCUGACUAAAAUCGCACUUUGAAGAGACCCUUUAUUGCAUGGAAGCCGCAAGCCAAUGGAUCAGUGCACAAUAUGCAAAGACGUUUUAAAAACACUUUGGGGCUACCUCCCUCUCUUUAUGUCUAAAGACCACUGUUUCACCCUUGGGGAAAUCAUGUGAUCCAGCUGCUCAGGAAAAGGGAAACUGUAUGAUCUCAUCCCUGAGGAACAGGGCCUUGGUGACAGAGAGGGAGGGGAAGCAGCCCACUCCCACUGCUUGAUAGUGGGGAAGCCCACUUUUGUUUUCUUGCUUGUUUGGUUUUGUUAGAGCCUUGUCUUGAGUUUGUUUACAAAGAUGUAUUUUGUUUAACCAAAUAUUGAAAAUGGAAAAUUCUCCAUAUACAUGUCUCAUCACUUCUGUGUGUUCAGCUGAAUUGUUCUGUAUCAAAGUAUGUAAAGGAAAAAUAAAUUUUUUCUCUUUGGUAUGAAGUUGUGUUUUUGAAGAAAAUUACCUGGAACAGAACUGCUCUGUUAUCCCUGGACACCAUUCAGUCACCUCAAGUACCUCACCUGUCAAAACUUAUCUUCAUAUAGGAACUGUACCAAGACCGCAUACAUCAAGCAGGAGGUUAACUCCAGCAACUAGAGGACACAAAAAGAAUUUGCCUCCCAUAAGGGGGAUUACAAAAACCACAGUGUUUAGGCUGAAUUUUAUUUAAUAUUCAAUACAAAAAAAUUAUGCAGCUGACUUCUGAAGUGUAGCUUUAUGAUGCAAAAUAGAAUCAGCACAGAUGCAAUCCUCAACUGAGUCUGCUACCCUACUUCUUCCCCAAACUAAAAAACCACAGUGAAAAUGUUUGCAAGCAAGUCUUACAUAACUCUCUCCAUAGGGCACAGAUGUUUAUGCCACCCUUCCUCAUCUACUCCACCACUGAGAAAUUCACUCUUGCUUCUUUUUCUCAUAGAUCUCUCCUAACCUUGCUUUAGCCAGGA